GUUUACAUGUAUGUGUGUAUGAACUGAAAACCAUUACAAGCAUGUGGUGCAGAAUUUUCAUUUAAUUUUUCUAAGUGAAAGAGAUUCGCACACGCGGGAAGUCGUAUUUUGGCAUUCAAUGAUGUUAUCCCUGUUUAUCUUUUUACUUGUUUUCGGUGUUGCCGUACCCCAAGAUUGCGGUAAACUAGCAAGAAGGUAUUGCGAUGCAAACUACGACGAGAGUCUUUCGCAGAAUGGCUUCUGCAUCCAAUACGAUGACUUUCAACAAUGUUUUAAGGACGUAAACACAUAUUGUUAUGGCUACUUUGAGUUUGUCCAGAGGAAAGUGUGCAAGAAUUUUCCGAAAGCUACAACGCCGAGCCACUCAAGAUCCCCCAAACCAUACGCGGAGAAGUUCCAAACAAUAUUGUUCACAGCGAGUCUCACAUUUCUGAAAUAUAUUUAAGCGUUCUGAUGCUAGAAAUAUAUAUCCCAAUGGCCAGCAAAUUGGAGGAAGGGUAUCAGUCGGUUACAUGGAUUCCCCUUAAAUGGUGAAAAACAAAGUCGACACUGGCGGAAUCUCAACUGCUAAUGUGAAGACGAUCGAAAUUCUGCUAAGCGUUUUACCGGCUCAACGACUUUACAUCUGUAUAUAAUGACAUUUUAAAGGGAAUAAAAUCUGAUAUAGAUAUA